GGAGGCCCCUCAACCGGAAUGAAGCAUCAUCGCUGAAUGGAGCUUCCAGUGGCAGAAGAAUCGGAAAGUAUCCGGAACCGGAGGACCGAGAAGAGGAGGCGGAAGGACGGACUUGUCGCCUCCAUGCCCUGCUGUCUCUUUCAUGCAGGCAACGGGCUCAGAGCACUACCAGGAAAUUGCAUACAGCUUCUAGCAAACUGAAGAGCAUUUAGAGAAGCAGGUUCUCCAGCCAACAGUGAAGAAACGUGACAAUGGGAAAGUCAGCUUCCAAACAAUUUGCAGAAGAGGUCUUAAAAACCCACAAUGACUACAGGAAGAAGCAUGGUGUUCCGUCACUAAAACUUUGCAAAAAGCUAAACAGAGAAGCACAGCAGUAUUCAGAAGCCCUUGCUAGCACAAGAAUCCUCAAACAUAGUCCUGAGUCCAGUAGUGGAAAAUGUGGAGAAAAUCUCGCCUGGGCCUCUUAUGACCAGUCAGGAAAGGAAGUAGCUGACAGAUGGUAUGGUGAAAUAAAAAGUUACAACUUUCAGAGCCCAGGGUUUUCCUCUGGGACAGGACACUUUACAGCAAUGGUUUGGAAGAACACAAAGAAGAUGGGAGUUGGAAAGGCAGCAGCAAGUGAUGGUUCUACGUUUGUGGUGGCAAGAUAUGAGCCUGCGGGGAAUAUUGUAAAUCCUGGCCACUACGAACAAAAUGUUCUUCCACCGAAGAAAUAGCUCUGUCAGGAGUGGAAGUGGGGAAAAGACUAUUUUAGCGGUUAAUGAAGAACAGAACUAAGGAUUGGAUUCGAUUGGACAGAACUUUCAUUUUAUUAAAUGAAGUUGAAUGGUAUCUCAUGCUUGAACAAAAUGUUUAGAAUUUAACACAGAAACUUCAGCCAUGUUUAACGGAGAUGCAAUCAUGCCUAUCAAAAUUUCCUUUUGUGUGGAAAACGGUGCUGAAGUUUGGAGGAUCUGCAGCAAGCCCAAAAUAGAGUAAAAGGAAACAUGAGUUCAUAUAGAAACAUCAUGGUUUGAGAAACUUUGUAUUUGUGUGGGGUCUUCUUAAAAGGCAUUUAUAAGCUUUAAUUAAAAUUUAACAACUUUAAAAUUAUUUUUAAUAUAUUCAGAUUUUCCAACAUUUUUAAUUAAAUAGUCUGAGUUUGGCCAAGAUACCAAAAUUGUUGCUUAUACAUUCCUUUCAACUUUGUGGGGUAUUUCAUUCUGUUAUGGUUUUAGUGCCUUUUGAUUAGCUGUUUCAGGGCUCUCUCCUAUAGCCUCGAUGUGUGCUGAAAGUAACAUUUGUGUUCUGUGACAAAUUGCAUGUGUGGAAAUCAUAGUGAUCUUGUAGAUUAUGAUAGACAAGCCUUAUUGGGUAACACUUGGGAUACAGCAUGUGAAAACUGCUAUCUAUUUUAUAAUCAAUGCGGUACAGAGAUGUCAUGAAAUAUGUUUCAAUUAAAAGUCAGCUCUAGAAUAAAAGGAUAGCUACAACUUGGCUGCAAAACUUGCACACAGUGAACCUUCAUGAGAUUUGGUUAAAUGCUGUAUGUUCCCUCAGAGCCCCGAGUACAGGCAGUUUAUAUACUGGGUGCCCAAUCCAGCAUCUUGAGAUUCUAGGCAUUCAUAUAAAGCAAACAAACGAAGCAGGUUCCUAGCCCUUCUGACUGGGAAGUUAUGCUUGAAAGUAUGUGGGUAAUGCUGCUGAAAUAUCAAAAGCUUAGAGGGGUGACUGAAUAAAAUUUCUGGUGGUUGAGGGCAGAGUUUCAGUGCCUGAUACAGCUUUUUGUCUCUGUCAAUGACUAACAAAAAUCAGAACCAACUAUGCACAAAAAUAAAAAAUGCUUCAGAAAAUUUGCAAAUUGAGCAUAUGCGCAUAAUUCAUAAUAGGUUGUAGAAUUCACUUUGGUGCAGAAUUUAGACUGACUGGAUGUAAAAGUUCAAAAUGGUUAGCAUGAAGUAUGCACAGUUUUCCCUCCACUUUCAAUUCAGCUGACAUUUUACAUGAUAUGGUGUCUGUAGUAGUUUACAUUAAAAUAUACAUAUAUGUCUGUCUUAAUGGUGACUAGGGAAAGUGUGCCGUUGAGUCGUUAUUGACUCCUGGCGACCACAGAGCCCUGUUGUUGGUUUUGGUAGAAUACAGGGGGUAGUUACCAUUGCCAUCUCCCGUGCAGUAUGAGAUGAUGCCUUUCAGCAUCUUCCUAUAUUGCUGCUGCCCAAUAUAGGUGUUUCCCAUUGUUUGGGAAACUUACCAGUGGGGAUUUGAACUGGUAACUUCUGGCUUGCUAGUCAAGUCAUUUCCCCACUGCACCAUUAGGUGGCCGAUUAAUGGUGACUAGGGGAAGGCAUAUAGUUUGAGAUACUUUCCCCAUCAUUAGAAAUCAAACCCCUUCUUUCUCUCCUGACCUUCCCCAAUUUAGCUCCUUGACUGUGUGAGAAAUACUGUAUUCCCUCUAAUCAGCUGCUCUCCUAGAACAAUAUUCCCAUUCCUGAACUAUUAGAUUCCUAAGUGGAACUGCGGGGUUUUGUGUAUGCUGCAAUUCCAUGGAAAUGCAAAGAAAAAAUUGGUGCAGAAUUCAGCUUCCUGAAAAACUCUGCUUUCUUCUUUCCAAGAAGAAAGAAUGAAGAAAGUUCUUAACCCUUAUGGUUGCAAAAAAUAUGCUUGGAAAUGUGUGGCCAGAACCAGCUAACAUAUCAAAUUUAUUUACGAAUACUUAAAUACUGCUUUUCAACAAAAGUUCUCAAAGCAGUUUACAUGGAAAAAUAAAUAAUAAAGAUACUUCCCUGUCCCCAAAGGGCUCACAGAAUAAAAAGAAACACAAAAUUGACACCAUCAAUUGCCAUUGGAGGGAUGCUGUGCUGGGGUUGGAUAGGAACAGUUGCUCUUCCCCCGCUAAAUAUAAGAGAAUCACCACUUUAGAAGGUGACACUUGUAAAAGAAAAACUCUUUUAAAAAACUCUUCUAAAAAAACCCAGAAGUGUGACUAAGAUAUUCAGGAGGAAAGGGCUGGGUUACAGUGUUGUUUUCCCUCCCCUUAAAUGACUACCAAACCAGAAUAAAUAAUGAAAGAUAGCCAAAAGGGGGGGGGGGAGUCACAUAAGAGCAAUUAUAAAUAUAUGCUCUCCGUUUGUAUAAUGGAUGCAAGUCACAUAAUUCUGCUUUACUUGGUACAAAAUUUGGAUUACUUGGGUACUUUUUAAAGUGGUGGGGUACAUGCAUUCUAAAUAGACAUUUUGUUCUUGCUUCUUCGUGUUGCUUCUUCAUGUUGGCAUUUUAAUACAUCUGAAAUAAUAUGUGGUGUUAUUUCAUGCUGUGUGUAGUUUCCCAAGAAAACUGAGAUGGUUUAUAAUAUUUCGUGCUGUAGUCUGUAAUGCUAGCAUCUGGAACUCAGUUACAGUUUCCACGUGUUAAGAAACUGCACACUGGGAAUCAAUCCUGCAUUUCCCCAUUAUUGGGGUGACCAUAUGCAAACACUUUAAAAAAAUAGUAACCACAGAGUCAAUAUUAGCUACAAUUCUGUGCGGUUAAGUCCUCUGUCUUCACUGAGACCUAACAUCAAGAACUAAGAAUAGGAUUACUACUUAGUGAGGCUCUACACACGAUCUAUGUGUAGAGCCUAAAUAAGCUUUGCGGGGAAAGUGGGUUUAGCCUGCUCUCCCCGCAGACAAGUAGGGAGCUUGCCCUGGGCGCCUGGAUCGGCCACCCACACGACUACUGGCUCUGUCACGGAGCCAAUAAGGGUGGUGGGGAUCAGGGGCCACCCAGUCCCCAGAAGUCCCAGAACGCCCCAUAUGAGUGCACAGGGCAUUCUGGGGAGACCCCCAAGGCCGGGAGGCUUGGGAGUUUCCUCAUGAGUCGGUGUGGAGUCGUGACCAUGGCGACUCACGAUCGCCAAAACAGGGUUAGCGGAGCACUCACUCCACUAACCUCAGUUAAGGGAGGGGAUUAAGUGGGCUCACUGCUGGGAGCCAUGCGGCUCCCAGCAAUUCUCAUGACCGCUCGAAAGCAGGCUGGGCUCCCUUACCCCACUUUCAAGUGGUCACGUGAAUAGCCUCAGGGUAUACUAGGGAGUAUACCAGAGAUAGUUAAUAAACACUGAUAGAUGAAAGUUUUGGAACAAAAAUGCCUCAGGCCAGGGUGUGGGCAGACCCUUUAUCCCAGCUGUGCUGCCACUAAGAGUCAUUAUUUUCACCCCAUCCCACACUUCCUUAUAUUCUUAUAGCCUUGAUCAAAUUGAAUUUUGUGAAUAUUCAGCUUGUGAAUAUUCAACUUUUAAGCUUGUAUUUUUAAAAAAUGGAGUAGGAUUAAAAAAGAAUACAAACGUUGCCUUUCAUCGUUGCAUAUUAAAUUGUUCCAGCUCAAUCAUGUUGCAAUGUGUGCUGUAUACGCGAUCCCUUUAAAUGUUACCAGGAAUUCAAUGCAGCAUAAGGAAUAUUUGAAAAUAAAGUAUUUUCAUAUUAAA